GGCAAUGCAUCUCGCCAUCUUAAAGGAGCCCACGAAACGACAAACACCGAAGUUACCGAGGAGGAGGAGCGAGUGGCUACACAAGUUAUCAGCAAGUUGAAGUCCAUCUUGGGCAGGAACUCGGACAAAAUUUCAAAGAAGGAGGUCGAGAAGGUCCGCUCUCUCACCAAGAAGAGCGCCGACGAUACGGAUAUUCCGUUCGACCUCGACUACAUUUACGGCGCCUUUCACAUUGCAUUUUGGCUAUCGGUUUCGUCCCAGUAG